CAUUUUCGGUCGAUAUUUAAGAUUGCGAGUGACAAUGGAUACAGCGAUGCCCAUAGCCUGUUUUCUGUCAGUAAUACGGCCGCCAGGGAUCCAGUUUGAAAAUGCCUUACUACAAAUAGCGCCGGUUAACAAAGGAAAAUGUCCUUUCGUCAGGGACAACAAUGACAUCGUGUUCCAAUUAUACACAAGACACAACCCAACCGUGGCGCACAGUCUGCUGAUAGAUGAUGAUGAGAGCCUGUUCGCGUCCAGCAUAGACUUCAACGACCCCACCGUCAUAUACUUCCACGCGUUCAUGGAGACCCCUGAUGAUGGCAGCGCGCUCAUGGUCAGAGAAGCGUACACCCAUCGAGGGGACACCAAUGUGAUAGUGGUGGACGCGCAGCGCCUCGAGGCGGGCCCAUGGUACUUCAAAGCGGCAGAGAACACCUGGUACAUUGGGAGGAUCGCCGCGCAGUUCAUUGACUAUUUGGUUUCAAGAGGUCUAAAACUGUCCAAGACGCAUCUGGUGGGGCACAGUCUCGGAGCUCAGUCAGCCGGGGUGGCCGGGGGAUCUAUACAAUCAGGUCUCGUCUCCCGCAUCACGGGUCUGGACCCCGCGCUGCCGCUGUUCGACAAGGUGUCGCUGUCACAACGCCUGGACCCCUCGGAUGCUGAGUUCGUGGAUGUCAUCCACACUGAUGCCGGUAUUUUCGGUUUCAACCAGCAAGUGGGCCACGUGGACUUCUAUCCCAACGGUGGGAUCAGUCCUCAGCCGGGGUGCGAACUGGAAGUGGUCAUUCCUAAACAACUGCUGCUCAAUAAAUUUUUCUGCAGCCACUGGCGAUCGUACAUGUUCUUCAGCGAAUCAGUGCUACACCCAAAGUCAUUCGUGGCGUCAAGAUGUCCCUCGUGGAAGGAGUAUGCGAGAGGGUUCUGUGCGAACGAACCAACCACCCAUAUGGGGUUCGGAGUUGAUUUGACGUGAUAAUAAAAAAAAACUCCACGGCUUUUUCGUGUUUCAACUACAAGAAAAACAUUCCAACA